AUGCCUCAAAACAUACCUACUUUCCUGUCUCGGAUACUGCAGCUUUCACUCGAGAUGCAUAUGCUAAAUUUUCAGGAGAGCCGUUUAUGCAGUAUACAUCUUAGUCAGCGGAAUAUUCUCCCAUUCGUUCUUUUAGGUACCCAUGCUGGUACAUGCGGAUACGGCCUAAUUUUCGAAUGCCUUAAAGAGAACACACCAGCGCAGAGUAAUGUUUGCACAUAUCAUGUCACCUUAGACAACAAGCCCAAUAGGGCUCCCUUCAUUAGAAUCUGCAAGUCUAGUACCCUUGUUACUUCUGCACUUGCCAUGUCGGUCGGAAUACCGAGAUCGAGAAAAGGGAGCGUCGAACCGGUUACACAGGGGUAUCUUUAUUAUCCUGGCCAGGAAAAUGAUACAUUGAGUAAGACUACGGAUUCUGGGGGAAGAAAGCGUUCAGCUGCAUGCAGUAUGCACGUUAGCAUGUGCGCCACUAUCCAGGUUAAUGCCUGUCCUAUGGGUCGCCGGCCAGAAUUUAUGUGCUAUAUCGGUAUUGAUUUAUUGAGGAGUGGAGGAAUUCAUAUCAUGACUCUCCACCUCCGUCUUGACAAAAUUUGA